CUAGGCUCAGAUUUUGGAAGUUUCAAAGUGGUGGUUAGCGGAACCAGAGUCAGCGUGUGGUCUUUGUCAGGUCGGCUGUGGGCCUAGUUGGCGGCCGUGCUGAGGGUGGAGAGUGGAACCUUGGGAGAGGAAAUGGCAGAACAGGAGCAGAGAGAAGUGGACAACACGGGCAGCAAUGUGAGGGCAUAUCAGGCGGAAUGGUGGACAUGCCGGCGGAGAUGAGCUUGUACGCUUCUGCUGGAUCUGCCUUUCCCAACGCGGCGUAUCGUUGCAUAAUCAAGAAUGGAAGCGCAGCAACGAUGGUCAUCGAUUGCUGGCUCUAGCUGCCCCGAAAACAACGCCCAGCUAGUGCCUGGGAUUCCGUUACAUGGAGCGCCAGGGGCUCGGCCUAGCAUGGGCGCCAUCCAUGGAGCCAGGAUGGGGGCAUCUGGGCGAUCGGCGGACUGGGGCGGCGGGCUUGCACCUGCAUGCAGUCGAGGGCUCCGGUGCGUGGGCGUGGUACCCGCGCUGCUCCUUUGGGGUCAUGAGCUUAUCGACGCUGCACGCCCGCCGCCACCGCCUAUGAGCUGCGGCGGGAUUGCUGUCCGCGCGCCGUCGUCGACAGCAACGCUCGCUCGAAUGCCUCGUCUCGUCGUCUCGUCAGCCACUUUCGCAGGUGUUGCUCGACAAGCGUUCCGCCUCCCGCGCGACGUUGCUGCGUAUAGCCGUCAUGGUCUUCAAUGGGCCUCGUCGCGGGUCCACAUGGUCGAGCUGCGAACGGUACGCUUCCGGCCCAGUCAGGUCAGCGCCCUUCCGCGAGCGCCGAACAGGCUCGUCGUCGCCAGCACCUUGAUGUUUGCAAGUGCUAUCAGAUGA